UUGUGGAAAGAUUUGUGAAGUCAAUUUCAAACAUUAUAAUUGAGAUUUGGGAAUAAAGUUAAUGUUUAAAGAGCGCAAUAUAUAUGUAUAUAUAUAUGUGUGUGUGUGUAUGUACAUAGACACGCAUAUAUAUACGCGCUGACAAAUGUAUGAUCGAAUAAUCGCUGUGAUGUUGUGAAGUCGGUCUCCAACAGAACUGAACAGUAAAAUAUUCACUGUAACGAAUUUUUCUUUAAUUUUAUUUAUUUAUUAUUAUUACAACCUGUCAAGAGUUUUUAGUAAAUGUAUCAACAUUUUAAAAAUCAGAGUCAAAUCAGAAAAAUUGUUUUCAUCUUUGGAACAGCUGCAGGUCAUAUUCUAACAAUCUAUAUUUGAACAAACUUUUAUAUAUAGGCCUAUUUAUUUUUAUAUUUUUUUUCGUAAUGCGUGUGAGCAGUAAAGUCACACACACACACACACACACACACCUGUUAGACCCGGCGGUGUGUCCGAACACAGCAACAGUACACUUGCGUCUUUUCUCCAGCGGGGGGCAGCCUUUUGCCUGUUUUCAGGUGAAUCCUUCGGGCUGAGACGUGGAUGUCGGUCCUGAAUAAUUCUGACUCCAGGAUUCUUCAGAUUUUGGACUGAACAACAUUGUCACUCUUUUCUUUUCUUUUCUUUUUUUUCCCGAACGUAAGGAUUUUUUUUCUCCAGGUUGAUCGUCUUUAUUUUUGAUGAAUCUAUGAUUCUUCUUGUUCUUGUGUUAUUCAUGUGAUCUUAUCAUUGGGAGGAUUGUUUCAUCCCAACAACGUCGUCAGGAACAGCCCCACGGUCGGCAGAGAACACAGCAGACCCGUUCAACGGCAGAAUAUUCGAACCCGUGGACAAAGGUUUUUUUCCAACGAGUUCUAGUCGGAAUUCCGACUUGACUGCUUUUUAUAUUUCUUUGUUGACGUUGAAGCCAGUGAAGAGGACGAGGUGUUGUGACUUCCUGUGUGAAGAAGAGAAACGUCAUCAGUUCACAGGUGACGUUCGUCAGUGAAGAUGAAGAUGUGAACGACAGUAGACGGAGGAGCGACGACGACUCCUUCUCUCCUUCAGCUUUGAGCUGCUGGGCCCGGACUGACGUCAUGCUGCGUUAUAAGCAUAAAGCGCUCGGUCGCUGCAGAGCCAGUGUGCUGGAAACCAGAGUAAGAUAAAGUAAAGAGGAGGAGGUGGUGGAGGAGGAGGAGGAGACUGUUGGAACAUCUGCGGUGCAGAGCUGGAAAAAAAACUGCUUCUCGGCCAAAAUCACACGUCCCCUCACAGAGGCGCACUUUUUUCCUGAGGAAAAAAAAGUUCCCCGGACUUAGGAAGAAAAAGUUUCACCGAGGACCGGUUCCUGUGGUAGAGUACCAGCGGUAGAACUGUCGUUGUUUUUGUGACCGGGGCUGUUUUUUGUCGAUGUUCCCGUUUGUGCGAAGACACUUCGCUGAAGAAACUGAGCUUUGGGCCGUCCGCGCUGCUGCCCCACCUCCCCCGCCCCCCCCCAACUGAACUGGCUCCGUGACGCAAAAAGUGCGCAGAAAAUUAGUCUGAAAGUUUCUCUGCCACCUUUUCCUCCCUGUUUUUUCUUCUCAGCUCUGCUCGGUUCGGUUCAUGCUGCAGCAGGUCAGCGCACAGCGUUGGAGGAACUCCAUAAAGAACUACUGUGUGAAGGAAGAACGCAGAGACGAGAGGCUGGUCAAUAAGACGCUCCCCGGCCCGCUGGUGCUCACCAGCAGCCUCGCCUGUCAGCAGAACAGCCGCAGCAGAGCCGCCAUGAGCGCAGAGCUCAGCAUCCAGGGCCCGGAGUUACCCAGCAGCCCUCUGGCUCUGGAAUACGUCAACGACUUUGACCUGAUGAAGUUUGACGUGAAGAAGGAGGGUUUGGCGGGGUUGGAGCGCGGUGGGGUGCGUCAGUGCACCCGCGUCCAGCCGCAGGGCUCCGUGUCCUCAACUCCCAUUAGCACGCCCUGCAGCUCAGUGCCCUCUUCGCCCAGUUUCAGCCCCACAGAGCAGAAGAACCACUUGGAGGAGCUGUACUGGAUGCCGGGCGGGAGCUACCAUCAGCAGAUAGACCCGCAGACGCUGAGUCUGACUCCGGAAGACGCGGUGGAGGCCCUGAUAGGAGCCGGUGCGCAGGGCCAGCCUCCGCCUUCACAUGUCCAGCAGCAGCAGCAGCAGCAGCAGCAGCAGCAGGGCGCUUUCGAGGGCUACAGAGGUCCACACCAUCACCACCACAACCAGCAGCACCAUCACCCAUAUGCGGGGGGCAUUGCUCACCAUGCUGAGGAGCUGCCACUCAACCACCCACACGGCCAGCAUCCUCACCACAACCACCACCACCACCACCACAGCCAGGACCCCGACAGCCCGUCACCGGUUUCUCCAGACCCACACCAACCGCUCCAUCACCACCGCCACCACCAUCACCACCAUCACCUCCAGCUGAGCCAGGCGGCGGCGGCGCACCACGGCGGCGUAGGCAGCGCACACAACGCAGAGGACCGCUUCUCGGACGAGCAGCUGGUGUCCAUGUCGGUGCGGGAGCUGAACCGACACCUGCGGGGCUUCAGCAAGGACGAGGUGAUCCGCCUCAAGCAAAAGCGCAGGACCCUGAAGAACCGCGGCUACGCGCAGUCCUGCCGCUUCAAGCGCGUCCAGCAAAAGCAUGUGCUGGAGAACGAGAAGACGCAGCUGAUCAACCAGGUGGAGCAACUAAAGGCCGAGAUCGGGCGUCUGGCCCGGGAGCGGGACGCCUACAAGCUCAAGUGCGAGAAACUGACGGGCGGCAAUUCGUCCGGGGCCAACGGCGGGUUCCGUGAGGCGGGCUCCACCAGCGACAACCCGUCAUCCCCGGAGUUUUUCAUGUGAGUUGUUCCGCAGCACAUUCCCUGUUGUCCACAGAGACUGGUCCACGAGUUAAACAACAACAACAACGGACAACCCCGUUAACGAUAGGACUGAUUCGAUUCUAAAAUGAGUUGGACGGACUAGGUUUUCUUUGUUUUGUUUUUUGAAGUCGUUUCACCUCCUUCUAGUUGACGACAGAGUCGCUGCAUCUUUGUCGGUGGAGAGAGGAAGUGUUUCCUCUUUAAUCCACUUUGUUUUUUGAAGACUUCCCCCCCAACAGUUAGGACAAAUUGAAUCCGGUUAAGAGGCCGUUUGACUCUGCCAAAGGUGAGCUGGGGGUGGGGGGGGGGUCGUCUAAAAACCUAUAUGCAAAUACGUACGUGUCGUCUAUCAACCCUGUCACUGACUGACUCAGGCUGGACGCGGGGUGUGGGGGGGUUAUGGAGUUAUGGGUGGGGGGGUUAUGCAAAUAUUUCAUUGGUUUUAAAUUUGCCUGCUUGGUUUUCUUCGAGUAUAUAUGGAAAAGAAAAAAUAAAGUCGUGCAUUAAUAUUAAUCCUGCAUGCUGGACAUGUACGGUGUUAACAUCUAUUUUCUACUCUCUCCUCCUCCUCCUCCUCCUCCUUCUUCUGUGUAUUCUCCUUCUCAAUACCAGUAACAACAGCAUGUUUUUUACCCGCAGCUUCUCCGUUGGGGGGUUUGUUGAGUCGACUGCCGGUGCAGUGUCAUAUUUGGUGUGUGU